AUGGAUGUGGCCACAUUCGGCUCCACUUGUUCCCCGGCGUCCGCACAGCAUGUGAAGAACCUAAAUGCAGAGGAGUUCGCCGAUGAGUAUCCCCGAGCCGCUACAGCUAUCCGGUACAACCAUUAUGUAGACGACUACUUAGACAGCUUCGAGACGCUUCAGGAGGCAAUAAAGGUUGUGAACGAGGUGAAAUUCGUGCAUUCAAAGGGAAGCUUCACUCUGCGGAAUUUCUCAUCGAACGAAGUAGGGGUGCUGUACGGAAUAGGAGAGACGACAAUGCCUUUAUCGAAAAAUCUAGACUUGGAGCGAGAUGAAAAGUCCAAAUCAGUGCUGAAGAUUAAAUGGAUACCGUGCGAAGACGUGUUUGUGUACUCCUUUGGUAUGAGAGAUGACAUACAGCGCAUUCUUCAUGAGGAUCACAUUCCCACCAAGCGGGAAAUCGCCCGAGUGGUUAUUAGCCUAUUUGAUCCGCUCGGUUUCGUCGCGUUUUUCCUUGUGCACGGCAAAAUUCUCCUCCAGGACACGUGGGCGAAAGGUACGGAAUGGGACCAACAGAUUCCUGACGAUCUCAACAAGCCGUGGCGACAGUGGUCGGAGCUCUUCGGACAGUUAAAUCAGAUCCGUAUACCCCGGUGCUACUUUAGGUCACCCUUUCCUAAGAACCUGGAUCGCCUCCAACUACACGUGUUCGUAGAUGCUAGCGAAAUGGCGUACGCUGCGGUGGCUUAUUUCCGACUGGAGAGUAACAGUUGCGUGCAAGUGGCACUCGUCGGGGCCAAAGUGAAAGUUGCCCCAUUGAAAACGUUGUCUAUUCCCAGACUCGAGUUGAAAGCCGCCAACCUCGGGGUUCGCUUGGCCGGCAGCAUCCAAAGUCAGCACUCUUACCCAAUCAAUUUGCGAUAUUUCUGGGGCGAUUCGAAAACCGUUCUCACUUGGAUUAAAUCAAUCGAUCACAGACGGUAUCACAAGUUUGUUGCUGUCCGCGUCGGCGAGAUCCUGACAACCACAGAGCCAAAGGAAUGGAUGUACGUACCAUCGAAACUCAACGUUGCCGAUCUCGCGACGAAGUGGGGAAUUGGUCCACAGCUGACGAUGGACAGCCCUUGGUUCCGGCCUCAUGACUUCUUCCAAACCACCGAAAGGAAUCGGCCUACGCAACAACCGAUUGAGCCAACUGAGGAAGAACUAAGGAAUGCCCAAUUUGCGUGGGUGGAAUUCACCCGGUUUGGCAGUUGGACCAAAAUGCACCGUUCAGUAGCAUACGUGCUCCGCUUUAUCAACAACAUUCGGCGGAAGAAAGGAAGAAGCUAA